UUUAGGCCGUACAGAAAAUUUCCAGGAUGCCUUCAAUACCCAAGGACUCGUUUUGGACAAACUACCUUUAGCUUUUUAUGCAGGGAUGUUCGCCUACUCUGGAUGGUUUCAAACUAGUUUUGUACGAGAAGAACUGGUGAAGCCAGAACGAAAUAUCCCUCUGGCUGUGAUUGUGUCUGUAAUCACAGUGAUCGUGGGGUAUAUGCUCACCAAUGUUUCCUAUUACACAGUACUGACAGCAGCAGAUGUCCUUGUCUCCCAGGCAGUGGCUGUGAGUUUUGCACGGAAAGCUUUCCAGAGCCUUAUCUCUGUGAUUCCAAUCUUGGUUUCCCUGUCUUGUUUUGGAACCAUGAAUGGGGGAAUUUUUACAUUUUCAAGGACAUUGUUUGUGGCUUCCAGGGAGGGGCAAUGGCCCACCCUCUUCUCUAUGAUCCACAUCCAACGCCAUACCCCAAUGCCAGCCGUCUUGCUAAUGUUCCCUUUGGUCACAGCCAUGAUUUGUGUAGGAGAUAUUUACCACUUGUUGAACUUCUUCAGCUUUUCCCGGUGGCUCUUCAUAGGACUAGCCACCCUUGGGCUUAUAGUUCAUCGCUGUCGCUAUCCUGAUAUAUUAAGCCCGUUCAAGGUAAGUUAUGAUAGUUUGAAGUCUCUUAGGAACAUAAUGCUUUACCUUUUUUCAUUAGCUCUGGAGAGAUGAAUCAAGAGUUCUUUGGUCUAAUUCCUCUCAAAUAUAAAUCAAAUAAUAAAGUGGCAUUG